GAGGGAGUAUUUCUAAAAUUUGUUACAAUUAUGAUAACAUUUAUUUUAUCAUAAUCAUAUUACUAAAAAGUAUAUGCUCAAAAGCUAACAAUUCCUCUAUUUCACUAAAUUUGCAGUACUUGUAUGGUGAGCUGGCUUAGCUCGAUAUCAAUUAAGAAACUUAUAUACUUCCUCCGCCACGCAUUAUGUGCAACAUUUUCUAAAAAUGGAUGUUACACAUUAUCUGCAACAAACUAAAACUUUCCCCUUUUAGUAAUUUUUUUACUUAAAAUGACCAAUGUACCCUUAGUUAACUUUACUAACACAUAUUAAAUGAUUAAGAUUAUAUGUUAUUAACAUAUUAACCAAAAUUAAUUAAUCAAUCAUCUAAACCCAUCCCAAUCUCUCUCCUCCUUUACAACCACCUCCACCACCAUUAUCACCAACUUUUCUCUCACCUGCCUCGUAGCCGCCACUGCCACUGCCACCGCCACCACCAAUUUUCUCACGCUUCUCUCGCAGCGACGGUUCGAUCCACACCAGCCAAAAUUGCCCACCCACCCACCCAGUCCCAACCCCGAAUCCCCCUGAGCACCUCUACUCCAUUAAUGUCUCCGUGAACCCCCCCCCCCCAAGUCGCCUCUGUCGCCCAAGCCUACCCCUGUUGCGUCGAGAUCCACCGCCGAUCGAGUCACCGGCCUCCUCCUCCAUGAUAUUGUCGCUGAUCCUUCUGGAAAUUGAAAUCCUAAAAAUUGAUUAGGGUUUGCGGUGGUGAGAGAGUGUGUAAAGGGUGGUUUGUGGACUGUGGUGGUUGCGAACUGGGUGAGAUUGGUUGCGGUGGUUUCAGAUCUUGGUUGCGUCGGUGGGGUUUCAGAUCUGGAUGGUGGGGUUCGCGAUGUUGCGUUGCUCAGGUGGUGGGUUUUCGCGAUUAAUUGGCUACUGAGGUUUCACGUUGUCGCAAUUUCGCUCAGGUGAUGGGGUUCCGCGAUUUGGCUGGUGGGGUUUCGGAUCAUGGUGGUGGUGGUUACGGGGUAGGCCUAGGUAAGGUGGUGGUGGUUACGUGGUAACGACGAGUGGGGUGGUGGUGGUUACGUGGUAACGGCUAGUGGGGUGGUGGUGGAUGUUCUGCUGGCAGGUGGUGUAGUGGUGGCCAUUAACUCUCUCUCCUAACCUUAAGCACACACCUUUCAUUUAGUUAAUCAACAUUAAUAAAUUUUAUCUUAGGAAACGUGCAACAAGUUUGUUGCACAUAAUAUGUGGCGGAGGAAGUAUAUAUAUAUAUAUAUAUAUUUAAAAUUUUGGGAUGAUAAUUAAAAUAUGAAAAAUUUGGGGAUGUUAUUAAAAAAUCAAAAUAAACGGUUUGUCACUUUUAACCCUUUUUCUUCAAAAUAAAAAUGGAAUCCAUCACUGUUCACUGCCCAUAAAUAGUUGGCUGUGUUUUUCUCCACUAAAAUAUUCUAAUUCGACGGAAAUUGCCGUUCUCAUGUCUCAUAAAUUACAGACUAUUUCAAUGGUGAAAAAGCGAAAGUUUUUGCAGAAUUUUGGACCAACCUAAACCCCCAUUAAAAUAACCCAAAACAAUUUUUAAUUUAAUUGAAAACUAUUUCACUAAUUUACUAUUAAUGGGUUGAAUUUUAUAGAUUCACUUGAAAAUUAAUAGCCACCAUUCCCACUAAUUAUAAUUCCCCUUUUUCACAAAUACUUAUACUCUUUAAAUAUCUUGUUUUACUCUCAAUCUUCUUUUUCAUGGCAUCUCAACCUCCAUUGAUGAUUUCUUUCUUCUCUAAAGCCCUGUUUGUUUCUCUGCAAUUAAUUUCUUCCUAAAUAAAUUAAUCAAAAAUUAAAUAAAAAUUCCCCCUUUAAUCCAUUUUUCUUCUGUUGACUUAUUUGGCACGCUUCUCUAUUUCUCUCUCUAAUUUUUGAUGUUUUUAAUUAAGGGUAAUUAAUGGGUAAUUAAUUAUUUUCAACAUUUCUUAAGUACUAUCUUUGACUGUUUUGUAUUGGUUUCCAAAGGUUUAAAGUUCUUUGAUGUCCAAAGGCAAAGAAAUUGAGGAAAAACAAGUUGAUAUGGAAGGCAACGAAUUCGAUGAUCAAGAGUAUGAAGAAAAUGGAGAUAAUUUCUACUACUGUGAAUCCGAUGAAGAGGAAAUCAUUCAUGUCAUUGAUUUGAAUUCCUCUGCAGCAGCUUAUUCGAUUGUUUCGGAUGAGCUGCGGCCUGGGAAAAUCAGGAAGAGUAAUGCUUCUUCCUAUGUUAAUUUCGGGCUUGAUCUAUCAUUAGGUAUCAAGCCUCAGGAUGCAGAUUAUACACACUAUCAUGUUCCUCAACUCAGUGAUGAGUUGGAGAAUAUGAUAGUGGCAAGAAUUCCGCUUUUGGAAUUCAGAAAAUUGUGCUUGUUGAACAAAAAGUUCUUAGCUCAAAUUAAAAAUGGGGAUUUGUUGAGAGAAAGGAGAAUGAUUGGUGUAAGAGAAGCAUCAGUGUUCAUGCUUGCCAGUGGGGAGGAUAAUUGGUGGGCAUUUGAUCAGCAGUUUACAUUCCAUAAGGCGCUUCCUGUAUUACCUUGUGAUGGUGUCUUUAGACUCGGUGAUAAAGAGUCUCUUUGUGCCGGGACUCAUCUUCUUGUUUGUGGGAAUGAGUUGGAUGGACCUGUCAUAUGGACUUAUGAUGUGAUCAUGAACAAAUGGUUCAAGGGUAGUUCCAUGAUUCAGCCUAGGUGUUUGUUUGCAUCUGCAUCAUCUGGUGGCUUAGCCUAUGUAGCAGGAGGCAUUGGUCUGGAGAGUGGAGGGAUUUUGAACUCGGCUGAGAAGUAUGAUCCUAUGACCAGAUCGUGGGAGCCGCUCCCAAGGAUGAAAGUAAAAAGGAAGAUGUGCUCUGGCGUUUACAUGGAUGACAAAUUCUUUGUCAUCGGAGGACAAAGCCAAAAUAAUGAAGUUCUAACCUGUGCUGAGGUUUUUGAUGAGAAAAGAAAUAUUUGGGUGGAAAUACCGGGGAUUUUGAAUGGUUUAACACUACCCUCUUCUCAGUCUACCCCGUCUCCACCUCUAGUUGCUGUUGUUAACAAUGAGCUAUACACUAUCGAAACAUCAACAAACAGCUUGAUGGUGUAUCUGAAAACCAGCAAUUCUUGGAGGGAUUUGGGACCUAUUCCUGUUCGAGCUGAUAUAAACAAAGGUUGGGGUGUGGCCUUCAAGUCUCUUGGUAACGAGUUGCUGGUCAUAGGUGGAUCAACUAUAUCUCUGUCAGGCCGUGGUAUGACUAUUUAUACUUGCUGUCCUUACCCGAGUGCUGAAACCUUGAAUUGGAAGCUCCUUGAUGAUGGUGGUGGCAAUAGACGAAGUCAUUUUAUAAUGAACUGCACUGUUAUGGUUGCUUGAAGGACACUUGAAGGCUCAAACCUUCUUGAGCCAUGGGAUGGAAUAUCAUGGGCAGUAAAUUACAAAAUAACUAAUAAGGUUAUGUGCCAGUAAUUUAGGCACUUAACCUGUAUUAUAUAUCUUUGUUUUAAGUUUUUUGUGUGUUGUUUCAGCUAAUGUGAUUCGAGUGACUUGUAUUCAUAUCGUGGUUGGGUUGUGCUUCAUGUUACCUUUGAGAUAAUUGGAUUCAGUUCCCUAAAAAGAAAGCUCAACUAGCAUGUACUUGUGUUAUUCGAAAUUUGUCUUACGAAAUUGCAUAAAAUUCCUUGAAUAAUGCACAUCUUCCAUGUCUUCCUGUCUGCUGCCAA